AUGAAGGGACAGGAGGGACUGACUGGUCCGUCUCUGUGUUUCUCCAUCUGCCACGUCGCCUUCAUGUCUUCCUCUCACCCUCUUAGGACCUUCCGAGGCAACCAGACGAGAAAUUUAAACCCUCAUCUGGAGUACAACGAGCAGCACACUCACAUUAGGCUGAUCAGAACUCUUCCACCUGAGACCCCUGGAGACUCCGAGGAAAAUGUCACUGUUGAGGGAGAAGUAGGUGGAGCAUACAUCCGCAGGGUGUUCUUGUUUGGCAGGGAAACCCCAGAGGAGCUGGGUAUGGACGUCUCCCAUUUACUAAGAGCAGAAAGUAAACGCCAUGGAGACAUUCUGCAGUGGGACUUCCAGGACACAUUUUUCAACCUGACUCUGAAGGACGUGCUUUUCUGGAGCUGGUUUUCUCACCGCUGCACUCAGCCUCUCUUUGUUUUCAAAGGGGACGACGACGUCUUCGUCAACACCCCGAAGCUCAUCACCUUCCUCAAGCAUCAGCUGAAGCAGCAUCAAACACGCUGCACCAUGGAUGAAUUCAUGGUUGGGGAUGUCAUAGGGUCUGCUACACCCAAUCGAGUGAAGCGAUCCAAUUAUUUCAUCCCAGAAGGCUUCUACAGGGGGCGCUAUCCCGUAUAUGCAGGUGGAGGAGGGGUGGUGUACUCUGGGGGGCUGGCUCAACGCCUGCACAACAUAUUUAAAACAAUCCACCUUUUCCCCAUCGAUGACGUCUAUGUGGGAAUGUGCAUGAUUCGCCUCAAUGCCCAUCCAGUCCACCACCCCGCCUUCCUCACCUUUGACUUCACUGAGAAGGAAGAGGCAGAGCCGUGUUCUUACCACAGCAUCCUUCUGGUCCACAAGCGAAGCCCCAGAGAGGUAGUGGAGCUUUGGGCCGACAUUAGGAGCACGAGGGAACAAUGUCAGGAUGUGCCUCUGAGGGCUGACAAGAGGAAAACGUUGAAAACCACACCACCACCGAGUGCUUAGACGUAGCCCCGGACUCUACCUGUUAAAGCAACCUGAAAAAUAAACAGUUAUGUUGAGUCUUCAGAACUCAAAGAACUACAAUCCUCUUUAGUCAUGGAGAAAUAAAAUCGUUCAA